AUGUGCAAAAAAACUGCCCCUCGGUACCCUACAGUUACUGUGCCCCCUGGGACCCUCCCAUUUGCAUUACCAAGUGUGAUGCCACCAAGGGCUCACCUAGGAGUGUCGGCGCUGCCAGGCGCCCCCAGGGGUCCUCCCAACGGUGGUGGCGUACCCAUGGGCUCUCCCAGGGACGGUUGCGCCCACAGGGACCCUCCCAGAGGCCCUCCUAGGGGCAGUGGUGUUCCAAGGGGAAUUUUCAUGGUACCCUACAGUUACAAUGCCCCUUGGGACCCUCCCAUUUGCAUUACCAAGUACGACGCUACCAGGGGCUCACCCAGGAGUGUCGACGCUGCCAGGCGCCCAUAG